UUAAAAUUGAGAAGAGUUAAAAUGUGUAAAGAACUCGUAAACUCAAGUAGUUAUUAUUUUUUGACAUUUUGACAGCUUUUUUGGAAUAUUUUUUUAUUGAAAGAGUGAAAUCAAUUCCCGUAAACAAAAAAAAAAAAUGACAACAAAUCUUGAAACUAAUCAAAACACAACAUUAAUUGGCUUGAAUAUUAUGGAAGGACACAAUGCCCCCAAUUCAUCAACAAAUCGAUUUACUAAGGAAGAAAAACACAUACUUUUCCAACUUUUUUUGGAAAAUGAAGAUAUUAUUGAUAUCAAGCAAAGAAAAUCUUGUCCCAAAAAGCAUAUAUCAAUAAGAGAUUGUUGGAAUAAGAUUGCAGAUGAAUUUAACAACCAUCCUAGUACUACUACCGUACGUUCUUUAAAACAAAUUCAAAAAUUUUGGCUAAAUGCAAGAUUACGUAAAAGUUACCCUGGAAAUAAUGGAACAGCAAAUUCAAAUGGGAGCAACGAAAAUUCUAAGCGUUUAAAUAUUGUUGAAAAUGGUAUUAAUGCAAACAACAUAAAAACAAUAAUUGCACAUGCUCCUUCAGGCUCUAUAAACUCUUCUUCAACUUCGAUAAAUGCGCCGAAAUUGAUUAGGAUUACCCCGCAAACAACCAAAAGUACAGGUCCUCAUCAAUAUGAAAAUAUUAAAUUUGAGAAAGAAUGUGAAACUGAAGAGAUCGAAAUGGUUGCUGCUGAAGAGGAAGAAGAAGAUUUAACUCAAGAAGUAGAAAUUUCCACGUCUUCUAAUGAUGUUAAUAUGGUUGAAAAUGAAUCACAGCAAUAUAGUAUAGAUCACAUUAGUGCUGAAAAAUUAACGCUAAAUGAUUUAUUGGAAUUUAAAAACAGUCGUCCAAGAGACGAAAUUGUUCUUCAGAUUAGGACAACAGAUCCUUUAUCAAGCGGAUCUGCAAUCACAAAUCACCCAAAAGAUUCAAAUAACACGCAAUCUUUUACAACGUCAUAUCGUAUAGCCCACCCGGUAAAUCAAGCAACUAUUAUACAAGAUCAUCAGUUUCAACAAAGUCAAUCGCAAAAUCAAACGCAACACGUUGCAACACAACCUGUACCUCAAAAAAUAAUUCAAUCACCUCAAACGUCAACACAUUCACCAAAUUUUUACUCUUCCACGAGCAAUCAAAAUAAUAUGUGUUUUAGACCUUACGAAAAUAUCGAAGAUAAAAUCAAUUAUUAUCAGCUCAAAGAAGCGGAAUUAAAAUAUAAAGAAGGCCAAUUAAAGAUAGAAAGAAUGAAAAUUGAAUUACAAAGAUCAAAAGAUGAAUUAAAAAAUAUAAAAGAAUUACAUGCAUUUAGAAUUAAAGAAAUGGAAAUAAAAAUAAAAAUUUUAACGGAGGAAGAAAAACGUUUAAAAACUGCUUCAAAAAAAUAAUAGAUUCAAUAAGCAAAACUUUAAAUACAUUUUUCAAUUUUUGUAAAAUAAUUAAGAAAGGUUUUAAUUUUAUUUAAAAAAUAAAUAAAAGUAUAAAAUAUUAUUAAAGA